AUGAAGCCUCAGACUGCUGCUUUCCUUCUCAGCCUUCUCGGCUCUACUCUGGCUGCUCCCAUCCAGCACGCCGACAAAGGGUCCGAUGUAAAGCCCACCUCUACUGGACAGGGCGCUUCUGGCGGGUUCCUCACUGGCUUCCCCUUCGGUAUCCCCUCUGGCAUGCCAUCCGGUUUUCCUGGUGGUCCUAUGUCUGGAGGAUUCGGUGGUGAAGGCCAGAAUGGUGCCAUGCCAUCCGGCCCUGUUCCCACUGGCGCUGCUCCCUCCGGCUUCCCUUCAUUCGGCAAUGGUCCCGCUCCCUCUGGCGCUCCCCAGGGUCAGGGCGACAACAACUCCUUCGGCGGCCAAGGUGUUCAGGCCCGCUCUCCUCAGGACUUUGAGGGCUCAGGCGCCGCUCCUUCUGGUGCUGUUCCCUCUGGUGCCAUGCCCACCGGCGCUGCUCCCUCGGGCGCUCCCGGUGGCUUUGGCGGUUUCGGUCAGGGCGGCCAGGGCGGCCCAGGAGGCCAAGGCGACGAAGGCUCUGGUCCUUCUCCUACCGGCACUGUUCCUUCUGGCGCCAUUCCCUCUGGAGCCGCUCCCUCCGGCGCUGUCGGAGGCUUUGGCGGUUUCGGACAGGGAUCUCAGAACUCCGGGAACGCCCACUUCCAAUCCUCUGGCACCUCGCCUUUUGGUGCUUCUCAUUCCGGAUCGGGUAGCGGUCGUCAGGGUGGCCGUCACGGUGGUGGCCACGGCGGUCACGGCAAGGGCUCUGGCGCUAUUCCUUCCGGUGCUGCUCCUUCUGGUGCCGCUCCCUCUGGCGCCGCGGGAGGUUUCGGUGGUUUUGGACAUGGCGGCGAGGGCUCUGGCCCUUCUCCUACUGGCGCUGUUCCUUCAGGUGCUGUCCCCUCUGGCGCUGCCGGAUUCGGAUUCGGUGGCCAGGGUCAGGAGCAGGGCCAGGGCCAGGGCUCAUUCCCCACCGGCGUCGCUCCAUCUGGCGUUCCCUCUGCUCAGCCUACUGCUUGA